AGAACGUGCACACACAGAAGUAGGCAUUGUAAGAAGGGUAAACAAAAACAACAAUGGUUGGAGUUAUAGAUGAUGCGCAGCUGUUUUAUCCGCUGGGUACACGCAUCAAAAUCGCCAAUAAUUAUGGCACCGUUAAAUACGUGGGCGAGGUAAACGGGCACUGUGGUACUUGGUUGGGCAUCGAGUGGGACGACGGGCUGAGGGGCAAGCACAACGGCAUGGUCGAUGGCAAACGAUAUUUUCAAACGCGAUUGCCUACAGCUGGCAGUUUUAUACGACCGGGAAAGUUAGGUCCCUGUGCCACGCUUGAAGAUGCGGCACGCGAGCGUUAUCUCAAUUACGAUUCAAAAAAUGUAGAUACUUCGCUGAUACGUGAAGCACAGGCUUCAAUGCAGGCUUCACUCUUCGAGGUUGUGGGCAUGGACAAGAUCGCGCGCAAGCAAAGCAAGUUUGAGCAGCUUUCGGAGGUGAGCGUGGACGAGACACCAGUCAAUGCUGCAGGUUACCUGAAGGAUCUCUCACAGCUAACUACGCUCAAUGUAAGCCAUACUCUCAUCUGGAACUGGGAAAUUGUGGCUAGCAUAACUCAGCAACUGCCUUUGCUCAGCAGCUUGAAUCUGAGCUCAAAUCGUUUGCUGUUGCCCACAGAUAAACAAGUUGUAGAAUUGGCUCCCUCAUUUCGUCACCUUAAACAUAUUAAUUUGGGCAAUUGUGGUUUCACGAACUGGCAGGAUGUGGUGCAAACGGCGCAGCUGUGGCCGGAUAUUGAGUCGCUGAGCCUACAGGAAAACGCGUUAAGUCAACUAGCUGAAGUUGACUGCACAAAAAUUUUUCGAAGGCUGCGUGAACUCGAUUUGCAUCGUACUAAACUCAUGGAUUUUGACCAGGUGUGCAAGCUGGGCAACAUUAGUACCUUGUGUGUUCUCAAUCUAAUUGAGAAUGGAAUUGAGCAGUUGCAGCUCCCCGAUUGCGAGCCGCAGUCAAAACUAAAUAUGUUUGUGUCGUUGGAGCAGCUCAGCUUGAUGCACAAUCCCAUAUGGAACGAGACUGAAGCAUUCAACGAGCUCGACAAAUUGCCACAAUUGAAGCGCUUGAAUAAGACGCCACAUUUGAAGUCAAAUUUUGAUGAAAUGUUUUCCAAAGCAGUGGCCAGCAUAGCCGGUCUGCAGGUCGUCAAUAAGGCAAAGGUAACACCUGAGCAGCGACGAGGUGCCGAAUAUGAUAUAUGGAAGAAAUAUGCAUUGGACUGGCUACAGGCGACCAAAUUGGGGGCUGAUGCGCUACGCGAAUUCUACAAGAAGCAUCGUACCUAUCUGGGGAUUGUAAAUAAAUAUGGGUCGCCCGCUGAUUUUGUGCCGCGUAUACAAGUCAAGCCAUCCAAUCUCAUUAAAGUCCGCAUACAGAAUAGGCAGACAGGUGAAGUAUGGGAAAAGAAGGUGCCACGCAUGAUAACGGUGCAAACGUUACAAGGACUGAUUAUGAAGCGCUUUCGCCUUGGGGAAAUUCCGAAACUAUGCUAUAUAGAUGCCAAACAUCCGGAACUUGUCGUACGCCUAGAAAACAAUGCCAAAACGUUGGAUUUCUAUUCAGUGCAGGAGCACGAUACAGUUUUAUUUGAAUAGUGGAAAAGUCUAGUUUAAUGGAAUAUUUAAAAACCCUCCAAAACUCUCUAUACCCUUAAUUUGGUAUUUAAUUGUGGUAUUUUAGCUGUAAAGCAACCAUAACGUAAACUUGUUGAUUUACAUAUUAACUGUGACACCUACUGAGACCUAUGCAAUGCAAAAUUACGAACGUUUGUUUUAGAUAUUUAAGUUUACCAAUUCCCGCUUUUUUUCUUUUAA